GUCGUGUCUUCGGCCUAAAGCGGCGAUGUUCUUCCAAGUCUACCAUCUUGUCGAUUCCUUAUGGGCAUCUCAUUUACAUCAUAAACAAUCUUCUGGGCAUUGAGAAUCUUCGAUAAAGUGAACAACUUUGGCCUGUAGAAUCAUUUAACAGACACAGGUUUCUCUCUUCUUCUUUGGGGGGUUUUUAGGUUCUGGAAAUGAGAGGAAUCUUUCUCAUUAGAUCACUUCUGAGAGCUUCUGCAGUUAGCUCUUCACGAUCUAUUACUGUUUUGCCUUAUUCAAGCAGUAAGCGUACCGUUCGACCAUGUCUGGAUCCUCCUCUAGCUUAUGUUCUUCCUUUGUUUCUCUGUUCUUCCUUCUCUACUUCGAAGCUAGUGGGAUUGAACCAGAGUAAUGAUGAUGAUGAAGAAGAUGAGGAAGAGAUUGACUCUACUAUAAUAGAAAACAACGUUGUUUCAGAGGAUGUUCAGACCAUCUCAAAGCUCUUGAAAGCCUGUGGUAACAACCGUAAGGAGCUGAGAGAGAAGCUUGAGGAGUGUAGUGUGAAGCCAUCAAACUCACUAGUGGUGGAGAUACUCUCUCUAUCCCGCAAUGACUGGGAAACUGCAUUCACAUUCUUCCUUUGGGCACGUAAGCAGCAGCGAGGCUAUAUCCAUUCAGUUCGCGAGUACCACUCUAUGAUCUCUAUCCUCGGUAAAAUGCGAAAGUUCGAUACCGCUUGGACUUUAAUCGACGAGAUGAGAAAGCUCAGCCCUUCUCUAGUGAGCUCGCAGACGUUAUUAAUCAUGAUCAGGAAGUACUGUGCGGUGCACGACGUGGGGAAAGCUAUAAACACGUUCCACGCGUACAAAAGAUUCAAACUAGCGACGGGGAUCGAUGAGUUCCAGAGCCUUCUCUCCGCUCUCUGUAGAUACAAGAACGUUCAGGACGCAGAGCAUUUGAUCUACUGUAACAAGGAAACGUACCCCUUCGACGCUAAGAGUUUCAACAUCGUACUCAACGGGUGGUGCAAUGUGAUAGGCAGCCCGCGCCAGGCGGAGAGGGUGUGGAUGGAGAUGGGGAAUGUUGGUGUACAGCACGACGUCGUGUCGUAUUCUUGCAUGAUGUCUUGCUACUCCAAGGGAGGGAGCUUGAACAAGGUGCUCAGGCUUUUCGACCGGAUGAAGAAAGAGCGUAUGGAGCCGGAUAGGAAAGCGUACAACGCGGUGGUGCACGCUCUAGCUAAAGGCGGGUUUGUAGCCGAGGCGACGAGUUUGGUGAAGACGAUGGAGGAGGAGAAAGGGAUGGAGGCUAACGUUGUGACGUACAACUCUCUCAUCAAGCCUCUGUGCAAGGGUAAGAAGACAGAAGAGGCUAAGAGGGUGUUCGACGAGAUGAUUGAGAAAGGGAUUGUGCCGACGAUACGCACUUACCAUGCGUUUAUGAGGAUACUGAGGACAGGGGAGGAGGUUUUUGAGAUGUUGGGUAAAAUGAGAAAGAUGGGGUGUGAGCCGACUGUGGAUACGUAUGUAAUGUUGAUCAGGAAGUUCUGUAGGUGGCGUGAUUUUGAUAAUGUGGCGGUGUUGUGGGAUGAGAUGAAGGUAAGAGGUGUUGGUCCGGAUCUUAGCUCGUAUAUUGUGAUGAUACAUGGGUUGUUCUUGAAUGGUAAGGUGGAUGAAGCUCAUGGGUACUAUAAGGAGAUGAAGGAGAAGGGGCUGAGAGCGAAUGAGAAGGCUGAGGAGUUGAUUCAGAGCUGGUUUGAAGGAAAAGAAUGUGCAGAUAAGGGGGUGAUGGGUUUGAAAGGUGAUGUGUGUGGUGUUGAUAAAGAAGGUGUUGUUGAAGAUAUGAUUCAAAGCCGUUAUGCAGAGAAGGGAGUGAAAGGUGAUGUGUGUGGUGUGGGUAAAGAAGGUACUGUGAAGAAGGCUGAGAGAGAAGGAAACUUUCUGCAGCAGCCUGAGGUGAGAAGGGUUGUGAGAGGACAUGGAUACUCGUUUUGGGAUGAGUAGAAAGCUAGAGAGAGAGAGAGAGAUUAGCUUGUUCUGUUUUAGGUCUGAUCAUUACCUUGUUGUUUUUGCUUUGAGAAGAGUUAUAGUCGAGUGUUCUUGGGGAAUGUUCUGAACGAGAAGACUAAACACAUAUAUUGAACAAUCACUAUUUAUAUAAAAGAGAGAAUCUCCUUUGAACCU